AUGAGCGACGAUUCAGAAAGUCUUGAAUUUCCAAAUGCUCCCUUUUAUAGUUUUAAUGUAACAGUGGGACUAACAUUAUCAUUAACCAAAUUAUGCGCAAGCAAAUGUAGAUUAUUUAAGCCAGAUCUUGGAGUAAAAUUGAAUGAGAAUGAUGUUCAAUGCAUUUAAAAUUGCGCUGCAUCCAUUAACAAUAACUACUCCACAUUCUCAAAUUAAUUAAAAGAGUCUAUUAAUUUCGAGGAUUCAUUAGGAGCUUUCGAAUAAGAGGAAUGAUACCUUAAAAAGAAUCAAUAUAAAUAACAAAAUAUCAUAUUUUAAA